UUCACAAGAAGCUGGACCAGCAAUGGCUCUGCUGAAAGUUCUGAUGCUGCUGCUGGGUCUGGGUGUUUCAGUGAACUCAGAUGUUUCUCUGCAGAAGAGAAUCAUUGGAGGUCAUGACUGUGAUGUUAACGACCAUCUUUAUCAUGUUCGGCUGUUGAGCACAAAUGGUACUGCAUCGACCCUGUGUGGAGGAACUCUGAUCCACUCAAUGUGGAUCCUGACUGCAGCUCACUGCUGGGAGUCAGAGGCAGGGUGGACUAACAAAGCCAUAUUUAAAGUUCAUCCAAGGACCGCUAUGCAGGAGACUCAGGUAAUCCAAUAUGAUCCUGUGAUUUAUACUGACCACGGCCAGAAGCAUGACAUCAUGCUGCUGAAGCUUCAGAGACCAGUAACAGAUGUCCCACUUGCUCUGCUGCCAAAUUGCAGGAAACACCUUAAAAAAGGCAGUACUGUUCAACUGGUAGGAGAGGGAGGAACAACAACCGGCCCCUUCAAUAAACGAUACCCCAAUGCUCCUAUUUCAACACAUCUUCAGUGUGUCGACAUGAAAGUUUCUGCUGUUUCCAUGUUCGAGCCGACAUGUGGGCAUAUAUUCCUCGCUGAAGCGCCGGACAUGGAUACAUGUCAUGGCGACUCUGGUUCAGCAGUGGAGUUCAGCUACAGGACUUAUGGUUUGGUUGCUGAAUGUUCAGGAGGAUAUGCAUGUCAGCUGCCAGUUAGAAUCAUAGAUGUGUGUAAAUACAAGAGCUGGAUAAAACAAACUACUGGGGUUAAACUAUAAUGAUAUAAAAUCCUCAUCAAAUUUCCUCUCAGAUAUAAUUUUAUAGCUGUAUCUUCAUCAGUUUAUAAUAAAUUAAUCACCUGACCUUGACCUCCUUAAUGGAGCUUUCUCUGCCUCAGAUAUGAAAAAUAAAUAAAUGAAUGAAAAAGAAACAUUUCCUAUCUGAUCGUCUUUACAUUCAAGGUUCAGAUUGUUGAUAUUUUCCCUGAACUGAGUCUAAAAAUGUGACUUGAGUUUUAAAUCACAUGAAGAGGAACACCAGAAGUAACUCAUUUAUUCUGUUUUUUGUAUUUAUUUUACAGCAGAAAUGAACAUGCAGCAUCUAAACUCUGCAGCUCUGGAGUUACUUUUCCAGAUUUAGUCUUAGAGAACAUUAAACUAAAUAAUGAAACAGAAGUUACAUAAUACAACAAUUAAUAUCCUAAUAACAUAAAAAUAAUCACACUUUUAAUAAAGAUACAAAGGAAAUGAAAAGUUAAAUAAUUAAAACUGUCAAAAUCUGGAAUGUAAGAAGUUUUAAUCUAAAAUACAUGUUUAUGUAAAACUUCAAAAUUGCAAUUUGGUUUUCAAAAUUUUAAUUUGACUGAAGUGCUCUGUAAAUUUUAUAGUAAUAUCUGGAAAAAGUUAAAAGAUGUUAGCACUGCUAAAAUAUGUCAUUAAAUACAUCGUUAUGUUUUUCACUGAAAAUGUCAUCAAAUUAAAUAAAGAAGGUUUGCAUCAUCAAAUAUGAACCUUUUUAAUUCAAUAGUCACUGUUCAAAUAUUAACAAUUUGAACUUAUUUCUACGCCACCAAGAAUAUUUCAUUAUGCUAUUAAAUGAAACUUUUCUAGAGUAGUGAUUUUGUCAUUUUAUUCUUCAUACUUAGACAUUAACUGAAAGUUUAACAUUUAUAACUAUGAGAUAAAAAUAUUAAUCUUGGAUGAAGUAGGGUGACC